AUGAUUCACCCUCUGAUUCUGUCUGGGAUUUUACUUUACAUCUCAGGUGCUGCUGGAGUUCAUACACUGAAACUUAAUAUAGCAGUGAAAUCUGGAUCAUCUGGCAUUAUUCCAUGUGUGUAUGAUAAACAAUAUAAUGAAAACCGCAAAUAUUUGUGUAAGGGGCCAGUUUGGAGCUCUUGCCUUAUAUUGGCAUAUGCAAAUGAGACAGGAAAAUAUUCCAUCACUGAUUAUCCAGACCAGAGUGUUUUUACAGUGCGAUGGGACAGUCUGGAGACCGCAGACUCUGGAUAUUACUGGUGCGCUAUGGAGAUUGGUGGUUAUGGCAUCGUAGACGCCGGUUAUUAUUUGUAUCUGACGAUACAAUCAGCUCCUGAUGUGUCUGUGAUGAACAGCAGUGUAUCUGGACAUGAAGGUGGUAAUGUCAGUGUCCAGUGUUUCUACACUUCUGGAUAUCAGAAUAAACUCAAACAGUGGUGCAGAUAUAAAGAUCAGAGCUGUUACACAGUGGGGAGGACUGACACAUCCCAGAAUCCAUCAGUCCAGAUCAGUGAUGAUGGGAGAAGAUCCUUCACUGUGCUGAUGACUGGACUGAGACUCAGUGAUUCUGGAUGGUACUUCUGCUCAGUACGAGAUCUGCAGGUUCCUGUUCAACUCAUUGUCAAUGAACCCAAACAUGGUUCACAACACAGUCGUCUGCCAACAGAAAUCCUACAAGUUUGA